UUUGUUGGCUUCAUAUGCAUUCCUAUCGGCUGCGGUUGGCUUCUGAAUGGCUAUACUACGAUGCUGCGGCGCAACUACUGCAGUCGGCUAGUCAAACAAGCAGACGACGCAGAUCAAGCGAAACAUGGCCCCUCGCUACAAACUAUGUUGGCAUGGGAAGUUUGUGUACAAGUUCAUACUUGAAUGGCCUCCCGGUAGCGUCAACCUGCUAAAUCUCGAAGAGGGCAUUAUUACGACAGUAGUAGAGGCCGUAAGUAAGGGAGACUAUCCUCGGAAGCUUUCCAAUGGAGAGUACAUCGCCGACAUUGAACCUCGUGAAUGGAAGAUGAGUGGUCAAAUGGUCCUUGAAAAAGACGGUGCAAAAUACGAAUUGUACCAUCACGAAUUUCAUCUGCGUGUCCAGAGAAAUAGUGUCUCCCCGCACUCGGCAGGCGGCAUCCGUGAUCGCAACACUGACGAAGGUAGCUCAACUAGUGGGACUUCCUUGCCGCCAGUGAAGCAAAAAUGGCCAUCGUAUAAAGAGAAACGCAAGAUCAGGCUUCCUGCAGUGUACCGCCACAGGAAUAGCUCGGCAUCACGCGCUGUGGUACACAGAGGACCCAGCCGUGACCUGGAGCGCGCACUGCCACUUUCAGUGCAGGACUGCCUGCGUUAUACGCCCAAAGAUUCCAGGCACAAACUUGCUGUGAAGCAAUACUACAUACCUGACAUGAUCUAUCGAGCACUUCAGCAAUAUGCAAAUACCUCGGAUACCCAAAAUGGCAACAAUGCUAUUAUCUUCCUCGACGACAGCGUGUCCCUGAGAGAGAGUGGGCCAAAGGCCAUUGAGUUUGGCCAGAGCAAUGAUCCAACAGCAAGCACUGGAUUGUUUCAAAGCCUAAGAAGGGGUGUUGCAACAGUUCUUGACAAGAUGUCCAAGUGGAUGGCGUGAAAAGUCACAAAACAUUCGUUAAGCAGACAAGGGUUACGCAGUUCGGCAAGAGUUUGAAAAAUAAAAAACAAAACUGAAUAUCUUUCAUAAUUUCCCCUCAUUUACAUCACAGAAGGCAAACCAGCAUCUCAACAGGUGGGCAACUCUACAGGAUCGAACACUUCACAUCAAAAUGUACUGUGAGCCUAUCGGGCAGUACUAUAAAUUAAAAUACUGAUCAUGAGGUCAUGUCCUGGCAAAAUACAUACACAAGUGUCUUCUAAGUUAUGGCGUUCCCUAAUGUGGGGUGCCUACAGAAGCACAAAAGCAAACACUUAAGAUGGGGCAGUGAAAAGAUGGACAGAACAAUGCAUUGUCCUGUCUCUCUUAUUUUUCACUUCUGUGUAACCCAUGCACAAAAUUGCUGAAGUAGUUAGUAUUCCGAGGUUCCCACAUAAAGUGUGUCUUCAACAAUAACAGUAUACACACAAUACUUA